AUGCAAUGUCAUGAGAAUUCUUCAAUCCCCAGUUUGCAUGAGGUAUUAACGAAGUCAGUUCAAGAUGAGAUAGAGAAUGACCCUUAUACGUUGAACAAAUUUGAACAGUUUUUACUGAAAUCACACUGUGAAGAGAACUACGAAUUCUGGAGAAGCUGUGAUGGAUACCUUUUAAAAUAUGAUAAUGAUGAUUUUGACAUACAGAAAGGGAACUCCAAAAUUUACAAAAAGUUCAUUAGAGCAAAUUCACCGAUGGAGUGUAACUUACCCGAGGAUAUAAAACAAAAUUUUAGAGAGAGCUACCACCAUGGUUCGAGAGUUCCAAAGGACACUUUGUGUAGAGCAAGACAACAUUCAUGGUCAUUAAUGAAAGAUGCUUAUAGACAGUACGUUAGGCAAGUUUGCAAAAGGAGUGGAUGUUGCAAUAGUAGAUCCGUUAGUCGAAGUGAAUCGCCAUCAGAAGUUACUAGAAUACGAUCUGAUCUAUCACAUACAAGUUUAACGAUUCCAAUAAUUGAGCUCCCGACAUUAGCAGUGACUAAUACUAGUAAACCAACAGGCGCUAGUCAUGCAUUUAGAAGGAGUAGUAGUUUCAGUUCAAGUGGACCUGAGACAUCAAGCAGUAGUGAAGAAAGCCCUACGGAACCGCCAGAUGCGAUUGGUGCUGGUACCCAAAGAUUAUUUUCGAAGGGUAAAGAAUUCAUGAGUCGAUUUAGGUUAAAGAACAGACGUACAUCAUUUGCAUCUCAGUCAUCAACAAAUUCUAUCUAUACAAACUUUGAAAGAAGGGCUAGCGAUAGAACUUUGUAUCAGAAAUAA